AAACCCACAUCAGAGAGUUAGUGAAAUUCUGGGACUUCAUCGUCUCCAUCCUCUCAUGUCUAAACAGCAUGGUGGAUUAAUGAUGGCGGAUGCCAGACUUCCUAAUCUCACUGCUGCAGCUCUGGAGGUGAACUCGCGGUAAUAACAGGAAAAUAAUAUCUGUCCAGUAGUUUGCAGCCUGGUGCCAGCCCAGCCCCUCCCUCCUGCGAGCUUCAGGCGGAUGCCGGUCCUCACCGCAGUCCGCAGUAAAUUCACCGGCGCCCGUCAGAGUGCAGCAGACUGCAGACUCCAUCACACUCCGCGUCCCUGCUCCCCUGGCAGGUGGAAAGGACACACACACACGGGACCAGAGAAAUGGCUUUCACCUCAGUCUUGGCAAUGUUGGCCCUUGUGGUCUCUGCUGAAGGAAGUGUUGGGCCGAGUACCAACACCAGCUUUUGCACAGAGUCAAAGGAAUGUCUGGAAUACGAGCUGGUCUGCAAAACAGAUGAAUAUGAGGUGCGACACUACAGCCCCACUCGCUGGGUGUCGACAGACGCUGAAGCCUACUUCAUGGGCGUGGGUGCAGCCAUGGCCUUCAGGAGACUUUUCCAGUACAUCACUGGAACCAAUGAAGGAGGCAUCCAGAUGGAGAUGACCGCCCCUGUCCUGGUCAAGAUCCCAGAGGAGACCAAGAUGUGGGAGCCGGCUGUCUACACCCUCAACUUCCCGCUGCCGGCAGCCUAUCAGGAGAAGCCGCCUGCACCCACCAAUGAUAAGCUGUAUUUUACUGAGAUGCCAGAGAUGGACGUCUAUGUGAGGAGUUACGGAGGCUGGAUGCUGUCAGUCACUUCCAGGCUUCAUGCUCACCUGCUGACUAAAGAACUGGGGAGAGUCCGGGCGUCCUACAACCACAGCUACCACUAUGGAGUCGGCUAUGACAGUCCCUUGAAGUUGUUGAACAGGCACAAUGAGGUGUGGUAUGUGGCCGACGGGGAGGUAGUUUGCACAGAUCCGCAGGAACCGACCCCUGCACACACACCAAGGCCGACUCUGACCAACUCACCCACAGACUCUUCGUCUGACCCUUUCCCACACACACUCUCUGAUUCGCCUUCACUCACUCCCUCCAACCUGUCUUUAAAUACAACAUCCAACUCCUCUUCACAAACACCCUCUGACACACCCGCUCUCCCCACAUCUAAUGCUCCCCUUAGUCCUUCAUCCAACCUACCCGCUGAUGCUGCAUUCAGCCACACACCUACCUCCUCCCAGAUCCUGCUGGACCCAGCAACCAACUCUUCCGACCCCGUCUCUGUGAGCCCGUCCCUGGAGCCCCAGUCUGACGCUGCCCUGUGGAACAGCACAGCCCACAGCUCUCUGGACAAACAAGCUGACAGUAGUCCUGCGGUUGAGCCAAAUGAUGCUCAUUAGCAAAAGUCAGAAUUGAUUAAAGCAGCUGUUCCAGGUAUAUAAACAUGGAAUCUAAACAGAAAAGUGGAGCAGUGGAGGUGAAAAAUGAUUGCGUGAUAGAUGGACAAGCUGUUCUCUUCUUCCUACGUAUUACACCAACUCCUCAUUAUGGCACUUAGUGUUUAACUAUAUGUUCUGUCACAGCUUUGCACCUGCAGCUUCCUGUAUCAGCAAACACAUGCUUGUGCACUUUGUCGUUCUGAGGUUAUCAUACAGCUGCAUUAUAGGAUGAACUAAGAUGUAUGUAUUAGUUAGAAUUCAAGGUUUUGUGUUGAAUCAUAAAACUGAAGGCAGGGAUGGAUGCUGUUUAACAUCAGUUUAACCCUAAAACUAACUUAGCAGCUAAUGGGACUUCAAUGGAAGUGCUGGAACUAACCACAGUAGGCCAAUAAAUCAGAGGAAGCUUACCAGUAAUAAUGUGUUCUUUCCACUCUUGUAAAUUAAGUUUUUACGCUGUGAUAAGUGAUUCUUCUGCGUUGCUAUCAAUGGUUUCCAGCCAUAACAUCCUACAAGCUUCUACUCUCUGUUUAGCUUUGUGUCAGUUAAUUUUAUGCUAUAUGUGGUGAAUAAUUGUAAAUUCAGUGUGCACAUUUCUUGGGAUGUUUGAUGCAGCUUUAAACAUAAUAACUAAAACUGUGUGGCUCUAUAUAGUCGUUUAUGAAAUUUUACAAAUAUUUUACAUCUUUGAAUCACAGAAAGUCUAAUUCACACACGUAAAUUCCAAAUAUAAGUGUAAAACCUAAAUCUUUACAAAGACUGAUUUUCCUUCCACUAACUUACAGCAAAAUGUUUCAGGAAUUAAUAAGCACAUCUUUGAUCCCCUUAAGUACAGUGAUUCGUUUUCUGUUUCCAUGAUACAAAAACAAAUUCUAUCAAAAUGUUUAAAAAUUACUUCCCCUAAACUUCUGAAGUCCAUGUUAUUUCAUUCUUGGUGUGUUCUACCAGCACCAGAACUUUUAACCUAGUUUUUUGCUCUAGAAAGUAAAGCCCUAACUCAGUUCUGCCCAAAUGUUAAAUCCUGAACGUACUUCUCGGUGUAUCUGUACCAAGAAAAUCAGUCAACAACAAUCCCAUGUCUUACUUCUUAGUCUUUGGCAAACUGUUUGGUAAGCGUUUGUGUGAAAGCUACCCAGAGCCUUAACUAAAAGAGUUAGGACUGCCCCAAAGAUCCCAAAGAAUCACGACUGACCAGCCAAUGCAAUACAAGUAAAUAAAUUACAUUCUCUAUCUAUGUGCAUCUGAGCUACAUAUUGUAUGUUCUGAGGAAGGUGCAAUAAAAAAGCAAACUCUUGUUGGA